AUGGCUGACGAAGUAACACAAAAGAAAUUGAAGGAGGCUUUCAGAUUAUUUGAACGUGAGGGGUGUAUUGAAGUGGAUGAUUUAGGUAUUAUUAUGAGACACUUGAAUCUUAAUCCUACGGAAAAACAAAUUUCUGCAUUAAAAACUGAAAUGGGUCCAAAUGUUAUUGAUUACAAUGUUUUUGAAGCAGUGAUGAGUAAGAUUGUCCUUACAUCAACCUAUGAUGGUGCAACUUUAACUUUGGACACUGAAGAUCAAUUAUUAAGAGCUUUUGAAAUUUUGGAUCCGGAGAGGAAUGGUUUAAUUCCUUCAGAGAAAUUGGUUCAAUUACUCAAAUCACAAGGAGAACCAAUGACUGAAGAGGAAAUUAAUGAAUUCCUUCAAUUUGCUCAAUCCAAAGAUUCAGCAAUCAUUCGAUAUGAAGAGUAUGUCAAUUUGUUAUGUAGUCAUUUAAAGAAAUAA